AUGAGCGGGCGGGAGGAAGAGCUGACCUGGGGUUCUCAGCUUGGUUAUGGGUCCGCCUGUAGCCUGGAGUUGUCCCUGGGCCCACAGACCUCCCUGGUUGUCAUAGUCCUGGCGCUUGCCGGCUGGAUGCAGAAGGACUGUAGGAGGGCGGCCCUGGGCUUCCACAGCCCCAGGAGACUGGAGAGUGACUCCAGACCGGCUCACCUGGCCAGAGGCAGCAGGAAAGGACCAAGGAGUCCCAGGUUCUCCCCCACGACCAACCUCAGAGACCCCACACCUGCCCUGGAAACUGCCUUCUCUCGUGGUCCCCCGCGGGAGUGCGGCAGAGAGGCCAGGACACGAGCAUCAAUAUUUCAUCCUUGCUUCGCCUGCCAGCAUCCCUCUCCCUCCUCCCUGCUUCUCACCCCCUCUCGGACCCGGAGAGCUGGGCCACACUGGCCUGGCCCAGGGCGUCAUCACAGAUGUCCACGCUGCCUUCAUCUUGCCCGCUGUGCCAUCGUGGACUCCAGAGUCUGCGCAAAAAGCCCUUCUAAGCCUAGGCAGGUGGAUGAAGGAAGCAGCUUGGGUGUCCAGGAGCACACAUCCCUCUGGCCAGCACCCAGCCCGUCUCACCUCAUCCACUUGAGGUCACAGAGGAAUGCGCUGCGCUCUGCCCUGGCAGAGUGUGGAGGUCCUGGCAGAGUGUGGAGCCGGGAUGGAAGCAGUUACUCUCAGGAGGACUUUGGGCAGGCUGUGGUCCUUUCCCAGGCCGGUGGCCAGCUCUUCAUUUCUGUGUUGGGACUGGGGUUGAGAGCGCCUGCUGAGGAGACUGAUUUGCUUACUCUAAGGACACAAAGGAAUAGCAGAUGUGGGGAGUGGCCACUGCCUCUAGGGCUGAGGCAGAGGUUAAAGGAAGGAACAAACCCGGAAGAGCCUCCCCCACUUACACGCAACCAGGGCUGAUGAUGUCACCACCGGGCCCCUGGAUGGCAGAAGACUUGGCGCGGUGCCAUGCUGGCAGGACGCCCUGGGAAGCUGCCUUUGGGGUUGCUAAGGGAAGGUAUGCUGUCGAUGCCUCACUGCAGGGGCCUGGAAGGGAAGCCCCUUCUUCCUGCAGUGUCUUAGCCCUUGCUACUAACAAAGCUUAACAGAGGACAUCUCUGGUGGUCCAGGGGUUGAGAAUCCACCUGCCAAUGCAGGGUACAUGGGAUCAAUCCCGGAUCUGGGAAGACCCCACAU